AUGGCUUCUGGGUGUCGAAACCAAGACCCCAAAAUGUCCCACUUUUCCGACACCUGUUUACCGGAGCACCUGACCUACAGCAGCGCAGAAGAGGGGACGUCCCAUGUGAUCGUGCUGAGCAUCCCAAACAAACACAACCCCCUGAUUGCGGACAGGAGGCUGGUGUGCGGCUCCACCUGGAACAAGGCAGCUGCAAACAUCUUCUGCAGAGAACACGGCGAGAAACUGUGA